AUGCACGUUCGAAAGCGUCUACUAUUUCUGACAGCGUUGAUCGCAAUUCUCGUUUUGCCCUCUCUGCAAUUUCAAGACGAAGUGCAAAUAGACCAUUAUCAACAAGAUGAUUCAACAGGCGCGCAGAGCAGGGAUACUGAUUCAAAGGGCAACGAAGAAAGAGUUGACAGCAUAUUAAAGCGGGUUCAAAGUAGUUUUAGGAGGGCUCGUAAAGCCUUUCAAGUAAAAAAAAGGGCCUCUAAGAAAGUGUCUAUGGAAGCAGCUGAGCCACUAGAUACACCAGGAUCAGCUUCGCAAAAACUAUCAGAUUUAAAAAGUCGAACAGGUCAAGAAUAUCCACCACUUCAACCAAAUUUACAAAAAAAAGAAGCUCUACAGGCUCAAACAAGAGAUGAAGAAAGUAAAACAAUUGAAGAAAUUCUGGUGUAUCAACAAAAUAUAUUGGUUUUAGAGCAGCUAUUACUUAAACAAGAUAAAAAAAAGUGCUCACUCGAUUAG